CGCCAUCAACUAAAAGGGUCUGGAGACUCCCGAACUUUUGGCUUGGUCUUUUCAAUUUCACGCACAAGUCAUACUACGCAGCCAUGUCGAUGGAUCUGGAUGCACCUAUGCCCAUUGGGGCUCAGGAACAGGUUGCGCCGACCAUCCUCUGUUGCAACUGUGGUGCCCCCAUCGAUGGCACAUCAUCCGCCGGUGCCCUCUGUACGGACUGCGUCAGGUUGAGUGUCGAUAUCUCCGCCGGUGUCCAGCGAGAGGCGGUUCUUCAUACCUGCCGUGACUGCGAGCGGUGGCUGCAGCCCCCAAGUGCCUGGGUCAGCGCUCCCCUCGAAUCGAAAGAGCUGCUGGCUCUUUGUCUGCGUCGGCUGCGCGGUCUGUCCAAGGUCCGCAUUAUCGAUGCCAGCUUUCUCUGGACGGAACCGCACUCGCGACGUAUCAAGGUCAAGAUUACUAUUCAGCAGGAGGCAUACGAAUCGAUUGUUCAGCAAACGUUCGAAGUUGAAUAUGUCGUCGCAUACCAGCAGUGUCGGGAGUGUAUGAAGUCGUUCACACCCCACGUGUGGGCUGCUCAGGUUCAGGUGCGGCAGAAGGUGCCGCACAAGCGAACCUUCUUGUAUCUGGAGCAGCUUAUCUUGCAUCACCAGGCCCAUCAGGAUACCGUCAAUAUCAAGGAAGCCAAGGACGGUAUCGAUUUCUUCUUCGCCCAGCGGAAUCAGGCGGAGAAGAUGGUGGAUUUCCUGUCCUCCGUGGCGCCUACGAAAGUCAAGAAGGCGCAGGAACUCAUCUCCAUGGAUAUCCACACAUCGACCAAGUCUUACAAGUUCACCUUUUCCAUGGAAAUCGUCCCCAUCUGCAAGGACGACCUGGUCGCCCUUCCCAUCAAGCUCGCCCGAUCGCUGGGUAACAUUUCGCCUCUGACUCUGUGCUACCGUGUUGGCACGUCGGUCAACCUUCUCGAUCCGAAUACCCUCCAGACGGCCGACGUCCCAGCGACAAUCUACUGGCGGUCGCCCUUCAAGACCCUCGCCGAUGUGACCGAGUUGACCGAGUUCAUCGUCAUGGACAUCGAGCCGACGGGCAAGUCCAACGGCCGGUUCCACCUCGCCGAGGUCACAGUCGCGCGCGCGUCCGAUCUGGGCUCCAACGACCAGACGUAUUUCUGCCGCACGCAUCUCGGCGGUGUCCUGCACGUUGGUGACUCCGUCAUGGGCUACCAUCUGACCGGCACCAACUUCAACGACGACAACUUCGAAGCCAUCGAAGCCAGCAGCCAGUACGGAUCCACCGUCCCGGACGUGGUGUUAGUCAAGAAGCACUACGCCCGCAAGAAGAAGAACAAGCGUAACUGGCGCGUUAAGCGCAUGGCGCUCGAGCACGAGCAGGAAGCGCAGGCGGCGGCGGCGGCCGGCGGCGGUGGCAACAACCGGAAGCAAGACCAGGAGCGGGAGCGUCUCGAGGCGGACUUUGAGAUGUUCUUGCGCGACGUGGAGGAGGACCAGGAGCUGCGGCAGACGCUCGAUCUGUACAAGGUCAAGAAUCAAGCGGCCCAGCAGUCGGGUGGAAUGGAGAUGGAUGAGGACAGCGACGGUGGUGACGACGCAGGGGUCCCCAAGAUUAACAUGGAGGAGCUACUUGAUGACUUUGAUGAGCUGAAUAUGGGAGGCAACGAAUGAUUCUGGGGGAGGAUGCGGACUUGAUCAUCACGACUGCACAAUGGGUUUGGCGUUCCAUGGUUUGCUUGAUCUGAUACUCUAAAAGCACUGGCUUGAACGGCCAGGAUUUUUUCUUUUUUUUUUACAACCUUUAUAGUACAUACAAACACUUUUUAU